CCUUCGCUUCUCCUCACCUUCGAACGAUCAAAUUUCUUUGGACAUGGGUGGAAACAAACGCAAGGCAGGAAAGGGACAGGAUGGCAAUGGGAAAAAGUCCAAGACGGAUGUCCACAAGAUCGGGAAGUACCUCCCGGGUGGAUUCCCUAUCGAUCCCAAGAUGAAGGGCGUUAUGGUCACUUGCGCCAGAGGCAAGGAAAUUCAAGCGGGCAAAGAAGCCUGUGAUCUGCUAUCAGAGUACGCAGAGAAACUUUACGGACCACAGUUUAACGACGAUGCUGAGGAAGGCGAUGCUGAGGAAUCAAUUGAGGAUGCCAUCGCUCGUGAAGUCGCUCAAGCAAAGAAGACGAAGGGAGGCAAGAAUUUUUUACCAUUGUCGACAGGCACAGACUGCGUUAUCUUCAUUCGUGCCAUGGGAAUCCAACCAUCCGUACUCUGUCACCAUGUAUUGGCUGAUCUUCAAAAGUUGGGCAGCAAGCGGACGAGGUACUGCCAGCGUUUUAUCCCUGUGGAAGAGACAAGCUAUGCUAAUAUGGACGAUAUUCGUGUGAUGUCUGCACGCAUCUUGGCUCCGUACUUCCAUGCAGAAAACCAGGAAUCCACAACGUUCAAGGUGAUCCCCAAGAUCCGGCAUAAUGACAAGGUUGAUCGCGAGAUCUUAGUCCGAGAGUUGGCCAGCACAGUCGGCCAGGGUCAAAAGCAUAGAGUGGAUCUGACCAAUCCUAAAUAUGUGAUUCUCGCCGAGGUGAUCAAGGUAUGUCUAUUGCUAUUUUUUACUCCUUCUUGAACAUUCGUCAGCAUUAUGAGAGGCGCUGCUCUUAUAGUUGCUGCUUUGUCUUCGUUCUCUAUGCUUUAGAGUAUCUGCUUUAUGAGUGUGGUUAUGGAUUACGACGCCCUCAAAAAGUACAACAUCCAAACUAUCUUUGAGUCAGCUCAAACUCAAGACAGUGAAGCGACCAAGAAGGAGCAGGUGGAGGCGAAGAAGGAGGAGAAGGAGGAGAAGGAGGAGGCGACCAAGGAAGAAACGGUGGGGACGGCUGUCACCGCAGGUGGUUCUGCGCAAG